CAUUGGAAUGUGAUGUCUCUCUUUCGCACAGUUCGUGUGCUGCUUCUCAAAGAUUUAUUAAUUGCUCUACGGUGCUAUCUCUGGACAGCAUUUCAAUUGGCUUGUCCAAUCUUAUUAGCUUUGCUCAUGGCUACUGAAGGCAAAGAGAAGGAAGAGCUAAAAGUUUGUGAGGAGAAAAAGGCUGAAAUAAAGUUGAAGUUGGAAAGUGUGCAAAGAUUUGAGGGUCGAAUGUGUUUGCAAACUCCACUUAACUAUGUAAAUGAUGGUCCGAAUAAAAAUGACAUAGAAGCUCUCUUAAAGCCAUAUGUGAGUUGA